AUCUGCAACACACCGAUAACGUUUACCUUAAUUGGCAGAUAGUUUAUAAUAAAUAAUAUAAUACACGAACGUACCGUAAUCACAAAACAAUCAAGUGUGUAAUGUAUUAACAUUAUUAUUUCUUCGGAUACCUAUGCUAAUUACUAUAAUAGUAUUACAGACAUACAACAGGCCACGAAAUUAUGAUAAUAUUAAUUAAAACCUGAGAUAAACUCUACGUCAUUUUUUCGAUGGUUUUUUUUUGUUUUAAUUAAAUAAUAUUAUUAUAGGCAUCUAUAAAUCGUUUAGUGUUCGAUGAAAAUCACUAUACCUACUAGGUUUAGUAUUUACUCCUAGUACUCGUACUCCGUGUGUUCUUUUUUCCGUUUCGAUUAAAUUUAUAAUAUUGUAAUGGCACCUAAAAACGACGGAGUGCCCGUCAAAUUGGACGUAACAUCUUUGGACUUAUCGUCGCCACCAUUGUCACCAUCGCAACCACCAGCCAAACCAGACCUGAGAGGAGAUCGUUUGAAUUUGCUGUUGUUGAUAUUAUUGUACACCAUCCAAGGAGUUCCAUUUGGUUUCACCGUUACGGCACUGCCGAUUAUCAUGCAAAGCAAGAAAGUAGUAUCUUACGAAGAUCAGGUAAGCGAUAAUAAUAAUAUGUUAUUAUAAAUUUAAAGUUAGAGAUCGAUUGAAUUUUCGAAAAUGUAAUACAAAAAUAAAAAAGGACCUAGGGGGGGGAUAAAUUGUUGAGAAUUUCGAUACAUUUUUAAAAUAAAAAACUACCUGCUAUAAAUCAUUUACUUUUUAUGGCAGGUAUUUUUAAAAAAAUAUUAGAGCAUUAAAUUAAAUUUUAUUCUGAAAAAAAAAAAAAAAAAAAACAAAUUUUUGUAAAACUAAUAGGUAUAACCUAAAAUACUAUUAUUAUCGGAUAGUGACACGUGAAUGAGGGGAGAAUCUGCUUCUCCCCGUUCAAAGCACAGGGGUAGAAAUAUAUCAUUUUGUCUAAGUCAAUAAUACAUAUGUAAAAAUGUAUGAAUAAAAAACCUCAUAAAUCUCUCAUGAAUAAAAAUAUCGAUAAAUAAUAAAUAAUAUUUAAUCGUCUUUUAUUUUGCAUUUUAAAAAUAUUUUAAUGGUAAAUAUGUAAUUACAAAUAAUAUUUCGUGGUUAAUCAUUUUUUCCUUUAUGUUCUAGGCUUUAUUCAGUUUGGUGUUAUGGCCGACUAACAUGAAACUAUUUUGGGCUCCGUUAGUGGACUCGAUAUAUGUGCAGCGUAUAGGUCGACGGAAAUCUUGGCUCAUUCCCGUUCAAUGCUUGAUGGGUAUGUUAAGUUUUAAAUUAAAUUAUGUCAGAAAAAAAAUAUAUUCCCACGCUUAGAUACUUAAUAAACCAUUUAUGUACAGACUGGCAAUUUAUCGAUUAUAAUGAUUUACAGUUUGGACUAAUGGAAUAUCGAAAAAGGUAUAAAUGUGUUAUCUUAUAUUAGAUUAGGUUUAUCUACUUUCUCUUCUUUAUUCUUUAUUCUUCUACAAUUAAAAUGUUCAAAAUAUAAUAUUUUAUUAAUUAACAAACAGUAAGUCCAAUAUUCAACUAAUGAACAUCACAACCGUUUCACACCAACCUAAAAUAAUGAUAACUAAUUGAUGUAUGUAUAUAUAUAUAUAUAUAUGUUUUAUAAUAUAUACAGGGUGAUAUAUUAGGUAUACUCACCCUAUUUUUAGGUAAAAUUAUGCGUGUAAUCUAAUUCUGAUUUCUGGAAUUUUUAAGUAUAGUUAAAAAUGAUAUUUUCGUAUAAUUAUAUUUUUCACAACAAUUAGGGAGUAUCAACUUUAAUAUAUUACACCUAUUAUAAUAUUAUUAUAUUUAACGAUCUGAGAAAAAAAAAGAAAGAAACACCUCUAUAAAUUUAUGUCAAAAGUGUGGUUUUUAUGUCCCAAAAAUAUUUUCAACGCAUUUUUUUCAAUAAAUACCUACUUUAUAAUAUGAAUAAUUAUUGUUGAAUAGGAGCGAUUUUAGUGUUUUCUGCCAGUAACAUCAAUGACUGGUUGCCCGAAGAGGGCAAACCAAAUCUAAUGAUGCUAACGUUUGUGUUCUUCGUCCUUAAUUUUUUGGCUGCAACCCAGAACAUAGUAAUUGACGGUUGGGCGCUUACCAUGUUAAAAAAGUGAGUAUGAUUAUGAUUUUUCUAAACGCCGUGUGCAAUUUCUCGGUGUACAGAUAAUCUACCUAUAAACGUGAUAUAAUAUCCGACCAACGGGUUACCUUGUCUGUUAUCCAUCAUGUAAACUUUAUGUUGCAAAGUAUUUAAAUGACUAUUUUCGAAUACAUAAAUACAUUUUCUGUUUUUUUUUUAAAUCAUGUCUCAUACUUCUCCAUAAUCUACAGGAUUUUUUUUUAACCAAAAAUAAGUAAGUACUUAUGUCAUAACACUUUACAAGAAUGCGUUUUUCAAAUGGUCGUUUAUUAUUUAUAAAUAGUUUUUUUUUUUUUUUUUUUUGAAUAGGUCCAACGUAGGUUAUUCGUCGGCAUGUAGUUCGUCGGGUUUUGCUAUCGGCAUAAUGUUGGGUUCCGUGGUUCCCGUUCUACUUACAUCCGAAGACUUUUGUAGUAAAUACUUAUCGCGAAUUAUUACUACCUCGACAGGAGGAGUAGUAACUCUGGAAAGUAAGUUGGUAGACUGACAUACAAAUAUAAUAUUCGGUUGUAUUCAUUUUACGGUUUUUAAUCAUAGGUCUUAAUAAAAAUGCAUUAAUCAAAUUUAAUAAAGUUAGGUUGCCUUACUUACUAAUUUAAGAAAAUUAUUAAGUUCAUUUCAGAUUCUGAGAGGAGUGAGAAAUGUAUUGGUUUUACAAUGUUUUUUGAAUUUUUUUUUAUAAUUUGUUUUUGUGAAAAACUUUUCUACCGAAAUCUUGCUCCGAUUUAAUAAGUGUAGUACUUUUAAUGAAAGAAAAUUUUACCUGAAUGAUACUUCAAAAAGGCGAUUUUUGAUUUUUCAAGCGGUUUUUGUAAUAACUGAGAAAAACUUAAAAAAAACUUAGGAAAACGGGAAAAAUUGCGAAAAGUAUUAUUUUAAAUUUUGUUAUUUGUUGUGAUUUAGUUAAAAAUAUUUGCUGAGCUUUGAAAUUUUUGAACAGAAAAAUUAAAUUUACUUUUUCGAGACGUGGCAACAUGUUAAAGACAUUUUAGCUAUUUUUGAGUUAUUUGCAGUCAUUUUAAUUUAGCGAGAUUUUUUAAGUAAUUUGUAUUCGAUGUGAAUUCUGUGAAUAAAAUUGUGAGUAAAAAAAAAAUUAAAUGUAGUGAAGAAUUUUUUUAUAAGAAUUUCAGUAUCAAAUUUUAAACAAAAUCAUAAAUAUUACGGCCUUACAAACAAUGUAUAGUCGAACUCCAUUCAGAAUCGUUUUUCGUUAUCCGAGAUUAAUCGUUCCGUACAUAUACAUACAUUAAAUUCCUCUCUAUAUUUAUCUUCCUAACUUUUCACACAUACUGGCCCACCCAUCGUGCGAAGUGUGUCCAUAUUUUUAAAUUUGUGGUUUUAGUAAAAUUGUUAUCGCCACAGUAUCCAUAAUAAAAAUGCUUAAAUUUAGAGCUUGUGAUUUAAAAGAAUUCAGAAUGCUCAAUGUUAAACACAAGUUUAUCUCGAUUUAUUCUAGAAAUAUCAACUUGAACUUAUAUGAACUUAGAACUCCACACACAUUGUCGAGUAAAAAAACAAAAAUAUUUUCAAUAUUACCUGUUCAAAUAACUUGUAUACAGAUCGUAAAUUUAAUAUUGUGUUAUGUAUUAAAUGAAAUUAAAAUUAAUAUCAUUAUAUUGAUUUUAUUAUUAUACCAUUAUAUCAAUGAUAUAAUUCAAAAUUAACUCUUAUUUAAUUAAUUUGAAAUAAAAAUGCGAAUAAAAGGUUAAAAGUUAAAAUUAACUUAACAUAGAUAAUACACUAUUCUACUUUUUAAUUGUAUAUGUUGUUUUACUUUUGCCUAGUGGAAAUCGAAUUUACAGUUACUACAUCCAACAAUAAACGAAUUAGAUAUUCUAAUAUUAUGUUUUUGUUUAUAUAAACUAUUUAUAAUUAUAUAUAUAUAUAUAUAUAUAUAUAACCAUCAUAAUAUUUUGAUUCCUUUCUAAAAAAUGAAUUAUAAUAAUUUUGACUUUCACAGGAUAUUUGUUCGUUUGGGGUAUUUUAUGCAUUGCGAUCACUACGUUAAUCGGCAUAUUUAAAAAAGAAAAGGACAACAGGUUGGAGGAAAACCACAUACAGCUUACCGUCGUUCAAAAUUACAAACUAGUCUGGGACAUUUUGAAACUGCCUAGAAUCCGUGUAUUGAUAAUAGUAUUGAUGACGAUGAAGGUAAAUAAAACAGAACAUUUUAAAAUAAAUAAUUUCUUACAAUUUAAGGUUUACAAACGCGUUUAUGUGCGUUUUAAAUGUUAGUUAUUUAUUCUGUAAUAAAAUGUUAUCUAAAACCACUAACGACUAUAAUGUUAUAAAACGGUUUUUUAUUUUUUUUUUAAUUUAUUUAGGUCGGAUUUUCCGCAAUGAGAAGUUCUUUGGCGUAUUUGAAACUGGUCGACGUCGGCGUUCCUAAAGACGAUAUUAUGGUUUUGACUACAGCAAUGUUUGCAGUGAAAAUUUUAACGCCAAUCGUUGUAUCCAAGUACACUUCGGGCACGAAACCGCUGAGCGUGUGUAUGAACUUAAUUCCGAUCAGGUACCAAAAACAAUAGUGACACGUACAAAAUAUACUGCCGUAUCUCUAUAACUGAAUAACCUAUACGUCGAUUUCAUUAAUGUAACCUUAGCACACUAUCACCGAGUUAUUUUUGAAAAGGUCUGGUCAAUAUUUAUAGAAGACUUUAUUACCUGUAACUAUCCAGAGCAAAAUUUAAUUGAAAGCUUAAUAGGCUGCGGGCUGGCUUUGGGUCUUUGGGCUUUAGUGUGGACCAAAAAUUUUAAAAAGCAAAAACAAAAAGUGUUCCUGUACCUGUGGUAGGGUCUACUUAAUGGGCAAGCUUAGGGGCUAUUAUAUCCUAACUACUCUACAUCUAUCUGUUUAUUAACUAUACGCAGGCCGAAUAACAUUCCCCCGACGUUUAUUUUUUAUUAUCUCAGUAUUUCUUGAUAUUGGAAAUAGUGUAGUUUUACUCUUUUCAUCAUUUUUAUCCCAUAGUUGUUGCCUAUAUUUCUCGACUUUUGAGUACUGUAUAAUUCCAUCCCUAACACAUUAAUCGUGAUUUUAUACGAUUUUGUACUACGACAGCCGUAGAAUACGAUUAAUACUCGUAUUUAUAUUAAAAGUAUUAUUUUCUAACACGCAUUUGCUAAAGUUCAAACAAAUCAUAAAAGCUUUACAUUCUUUACUUGAUAUCCUAUCUAUUAUCACAACCCCAAAAAUAAGGUCCGUGGUUGAUCAGACAUAAAUUCUGUAUUUCUAUAUCACUAACUGAAUAUUAUGUAUAAUUAAUACGUAUUAUUUGAUUAUCAAACGAUUUUCGUUUCAGGUUACUGUGGGGCUUCGCAAACAUUUUAUUAAUUUAUAUCACUCCUUUGUUAAUCAAACGUGAUGACGGAACCAUAGACAUACCGACAUACUACUAUCUGAUUUUGGGAUCAAUAAACGCGAUCAACGAGGUGAGUUAAUGAUGAACUUAAGAUGGUAUAUUAUUAAAAAUCUCAAAAACCAAAUGUCAUAUAAACUAUUAUAGAAUACGCUUAGAAAAUAUGUACGGGUGGGUUGUGGGUUCUUGGGUGUUCAGUAGUAUAAUACAAAUUAUUAUGGUUUUACAACAUAAAAUAUCACAUGUAAAAUGCUAAGUAUUUCUUGUGAUAGCAAUUAACAUGUAAUAUUUUAUUUUAAGUCUUUCUUGUAAUGCAAUUUGAACAAACAAAACGUCUAGGUUUUAAGUGAGUUUUCUGGAUACGCCAAUGUUUAUAUAUGAAUAGUUGAAAAUAAACCAUUAAAAGUGUUGUAGACUGCAGAAAGUUGAUACGUCAUAAAAUAACCCAUAAAAUAAAAUUUUUGAAGUCUGGUUUAUAGUUUAUAGAUAAGGCGUAGUAAGGUGAGUAUAUUUUUUUGGUAGGUGAGUGAAGAAUAAAGUUGGCAGUUUAAGGUAAAAGUAUUUCGUGUCGUUACUAGUUAAUUUUUUUAGUACGUAAAACAAAUUAAAGCGUAAUAUCAUAUUUUUUUUUUACAAUUGUUUAGGGUCAAAUUCAUUUUAAAAAAUCUGUUAAAAGCAUGAAAAAUUUAAAAUUAUUUUAUAAUUAUAAAAUAUCAAUAAAAUGUGGUUUUCUUGAGAAAUUUUGAUUAUUCUAUGACAGAAAAUUGUCUAUAAAAAAAGAUCUAAUAUAGGAUGCAACACGGCAAAUGCCGUAUGCUUAGUACGUAUUAAUUCAACUUCUGCUGAUCGAGAUUAUAGAUUAUAUGUUAACCCAGAGAUAUCUAAUAUUUCUACUAAGACCUUGAGUUAGUUUCAGGAAAGAUUAAUAUUGCCAUCAACUAACGAGCUAGUUAAUAAAAUAAAUGGCAUGGUACUGUUAAGAUUCAAUGCACCAACAAAAAUAUACUAUUCAGUUGAUACUGUUAUUGACAGAGAGGAGGCGGUACAUUAUCCAACUGAAUUUUUAAAUAAUUUAACCCCUCUAGGGACUCCACCACAUAAAUUAAUUCUAAAGGUAGGUAAUAAUAUUACUCCAGAACUUAUGCCCACCAAAAUUAUAUAACGGCACAUUAAUCUUAAAAAAACUGUCUGCUUGAGUGUAUGACUCUUAUUGGCUGUGGUGUUGGGAAAACGGUCUUGGUUCCUUGAGUACCAAUGAUAUCAUCCACUAUUCCAGUUUAAACGGCUUCAAUUUUCCGUAAAACUAUGUUUUUCAAUGGGCAUCAAUAAGGUACAAGGUCAAACAUUAAAUGUUGCAGUUUUAGAUCUAACCGUCUAAUAUUUUUCUCAUGGUCAAUUAUAAGUGGCUUUGUCUCGUGUCACAUGCAAAAAAAAUUAUUCAUGUUGGCCCCAGAAGGUGAGACACUUAACGUGGUGUAUCCAGAAAUAUUUAAUGCUUAUGGCAAAUAGUGAUUUAAAAUUUAAAAAUGUAUGUCCUAACAGAAUACUUUUAGUCCGCCGAAGGUGGACUACCCACUUUCCACCUAUUUGUUUUUAUUUCUAACUGACCCGGAAUAUGGAUAGAAAAAAAUAAAAAUUGGCACGGGCAAGGCCGGAUGGGACAGCUAGUUUAAAUGAUAUCAAAUUUCAAAUGUAUAUUUUAUUUAAUUGUAUACAUUUAGGCACUUUUAUACAUCAUGACCGUAGCCGCAGCAGCUUUUUUCUUCCGUAUAAGUGAUUCACGUUUUGGUGGAACAUAUAUGACAUUGUUGAACACCGCCUCGAAUUUGGGAAUGAUGUGUUCAGCAUCUUUGGGACUGGAAGUUAUGGACUUUUUAACGUUCAGCAAAUGCUCAAAUGAUCCUCAAAAUAAUAAUUGCUCGACUGUGGAUUUGAAAAGCGUAAGAUAUAAUCACAUAUUAUAUCAUUAUAAUAUGACAGAACUAUAUGCUCUAAACAUAAAUAAAAUGUGCCUCUAAAUAUGUUCAUAAAAUACAAUUUUUAAUCUUAAUAUUUUAUUUCACUAAUUCGUUUUAUAUAAAUAAUUUUCAUCGGAGUGAUUUUAAAAAUGGUUCAAUUUUUAUUCUUAAUGGAAAACCAAUAAAUAUUUUAUUAAAAAAAAAUUUUUGUUAAUGAUAAAUUAUAAAACCCAUUUAACUCAUUUCAAUGACGACAAUAAUAUUUUAUUUAAAAUUCGGGUUCUAAAGUUAUCAACUCGCUGUUCAUAUUUAUUAAUCUUAAACAAUUUGUUUGUAAUUUUCGAUUUAUUAAGUUAUGAAGGGCACUUAAUUAAACUUAAAGAAAAAUUUACGAAAUUUACGAAAUUCUAAAAUAUGCCCAAAAAAUGCAAAAAAAAAAAAAUGUAAAAUAUGCAAAUACAAUGUAAUAUAUAGAAUUGUUAUACCUUAAAAUACAUUUUGUUUUACACUAGCGAUUUUUUUGACAAACUCAUAAAAUUAUGUCAAAGCUAUAUAAAUAUCUGCUCUAAUGAUUAUUUACCCAAUAUCGAUUUUCAGUAAAAAUUUUUAAUUCGUCUUUUGUUUGUGUUUAAGAUGUGUGUUCAAAAUGGUGGCCAUUGCAUUACGGUUGUGGACGGAUAUUACUUGGAAAUCCUUUUGAGUGCGGUCAUCGGAUUCGCUUGGUACUUUGCUUUUAAAAAUACACUGAUCAAAUUUCAAACCGAUAGCUCGUCCAGUUGGUCGAUCUAUAGUAAUAAAUCGGGCACGGAAAAUGUCAAAGCCUCGAGUUCUGUAAACUGAAUUAUUAUUUCAUUUUAAUCAAUUUUAAAACACCACAGAUGCGUGUUAUAUAAUAACAUAUUAUAUUUGUCAUUAUUAAUAUUAAUAAAUCGGUUUUAAUUUGGCA